AUGAUCUUCUCACUUGAACCAAAAGCGACUAGAAAAGCCGCACAGGCGCUGGAAUUUGCGGCUCUCGGGAUUUUGGUGAAAGUUGGCCAAGACUUGAAAAUCACCAUUUACAACGGUUCAAUCGGGUUUUAUUUGGACAUUUACUAUGGUAAAAUUGCAAAUACUCGAUUGGAAGGCGGAAAUUCUCCGCGACAAUGCCUCGAUCACUUCCAAGAAGUUUUUUGGCAUUACAAAAAGAUUUCCAUUGAAAUUGAUCAUACCGUAACCAACUACCAAUCGAUUUAUGAAGAAUUUAAAGAUUUUAAAUUCAAAUCCCUGUCGAUGCAAGUCAAUCAAGCAAUUGGAGAUGACGAAUGGGCUCGAAAAUGCGCAAUGAACUUUUCCCGCCAAUGUGACGAGGUUGACUUGGACGGAGAGCCACUAUCCACGCACACUGCUUGUGAAUUUCAAAACUUUGCUUGUCAGAAAUUCACACGAUUCAAUUUGUCCAAGAAAUGCACAUUGAACGAUUUGCUGGUUAUGGAAUCUCAAGAUUUUGUUUCAUCGAUUGAUUUUGAGGAGCUCAACUUGUUUCUGAAGUUCUGGAUUAAAGGAAAUGUUCAACAUCUGAAAUGCGUGGAGUUGCAUGUGGGAAGUGAUAUGCCUGAUCAGGAAAAUAUUGCGAUCUUAUUCGAAAAUAUCAGUUAUGAGGAGGCGCCAAAUGAUAAGGCGGUUGAGUACAAAUAUCGACGGGUUUGCCGAGGAGCAAAGUAUAUUCGAAGAGCUGAUGGGAAUACUGCAGUAGUCGGAUUUGAUGAUUUUGAUAAUUGUGUGAAGUUAAUUGUCUUGGAUUGA